GCUUUGCAGCUGGUUGGGGAGCUAGAAGCAGCUGAGUGUUGGCUAGAAACUGUGGCAGGCUUGCUCGCUGAGCCAAGAGCAACAAAGAACCUUGAUGACCUCCAGAGAGAUCUGCAAAAAGUUGGCACCUUGAAGAACAAAGCUGGAGCAUGGGCUGCUAAGAUUCACACUCUGCAGAAAGAAAUGCAGAUGGUCUCCUCCUCGGAACACACAGCAGCUGCAAUGAUUCAGAGAAAAAUGAAACGAGUAAAGGAAAAGUAAGUUCCUAAGGAUCAAAAUACUGGGCGGAAGUAAUAUAACAGCUGGGCUUUUCAGAAGAUAAUACAAAGAGACCGCAUUUCUUCAGGGAGGCCUUAUUUAAAAGACAGCUAAGCAAGAGAAGUUGACUUAAAGAAAUAGGGCUGUUUAAUAAGGUCUUUCUUCUUGCUAGAGGUUUAUCUCCUGAGCUAACCAGUUGUUUCUACUUGAUAA